CCUCCCAUGAUCAUUGCAUUGGCUGUAGUGUGUCCAGUCCUGCUCCUCACUCUCAUCCCUUUUUGCAUUCUUCAAAGGAAACGAGCGAUAGCAGCCAGAGUGAUCUACGAGGUUCCACAUAUUGACUCUGAGGUGGCAGAUGUGGACAAACACAGCACCACCUCUUCCAGAGGCUCCACUCAGUGGUGUCAGGUGCCGGUGUAUGAAUCCGUCGAUUACUUUGAGCAGACGGAGAGGAAACCAAGUCAAUGAGGAUCUGCAGGGAAUCAGAUCCCCCAGUAUUUUCUAUUUUUACUUUUCUGCACAUAUGAAAUGUAUGUUCACUUCUCCUACUGCAUUUAUGUAAAAGAUUAUAUAUAUUUGUAAAUAUUUAAUUUCUCAUCUAUCUUUGUGAUCGGUUUAUUAUAAAGUUAAUUCCAA